AUGAACAAGGCUAUUCGGAGGAAGAUGGAGAGGCGAGCCUUCUUAGCAGCGGCAGCUGGCUUAGCGGCGGCGGCCUUCUUCGGUGCGGCUUUCUUGGCUGGAGACUUGGCGGCCUUCUUAGCGACUGGCUUCGAGACCUUCUUUGGUGCCUUGGCCUUCUUCUCUCCGACGGCCUUCUUUGGCUUGGCGGCUGCUGGCUUCUUGGUCUUUUUCUCUCCAGUGGCUGCGGCCUUCUUUGCUGCAGGCUUCUUGGCGGUUGGCUUCUUGGCCUUCUUCUCUCCAGUGGCGGCCUUCUUCUCGGCGGCUGGCUUCUUGGCGGCGGCGGCGGCCUUCUCGGCGACACGGAAACGUCCGUUGGCUCCGGCUCCGGCGGCUUGGACGAGGGCCUUGCUGGAGACACCACGCUUGAGGGCUUGGCGGAGAUGGGCGUUGAUCUGGAAGAAAGGGAAUGAAAAAACUUACUUGAAUAACGUUGUCUCCGAGCUUGAAGUGGGAAGAGAUGAACUUGAGGAUUGCUUGCUUGGAAGCUCCCUUACGGUCCUUGAGCUCCUUGAUGGCCUCCUUGAUCAUGUUGAUGUAUGGUGGAUGGGCGGCUGGAGCCUUGACCUUGGCGACCUUGGUUGGCUUGGCGGCCUUGGUGGCCUUAGCCUUUGGAGCUGGGGCGGCUGGAGCAGCAGCGGCGACGGCGACUUGAGCGGAAUCCGACAUUCUUGA